AUGGUGGCCGUCCCCGAGCUCUCCCCCGAGGCCUCCCGGCUCCUGCUCUCGGCCGCGCUCUCCCUUGCCGCCGUCCUCCUCUUCCUCACCUUCCUCCCCCCCGCCCCGCGGAGGGGGCAGCUGCCAGGUCAGUGCCCACCAGUACCAGCAGGGAGGGCAGACUGGAACCACCUCUUGGCCGAGCUGGUGAAAGUGGGGGGGAUCACGGCGGAGGAGGCGAAGAAAUCGAGUUACCUGAACAUCGUGGGCAUGGUGGGCUCCAUCGACAACGACUUUUGCGGCACCGACAUGACCAUCGGCACUGACUCGGCGCUACACCGUAUCAUGGAGAUCGUGGACGCCAUCACCACCACGGCCCAGAGCCACCAGCGGACCUUCGUGCUGGAAGUGAUGGGUCGCCACUGUGGCUACCUGGCGCUCAUCACCGCCCUGGCCUGCGGCGCCGACUGGGUCUUCAUCCCCGAGUCCCCCCCUGAGGACGACUGGGAAGACCACUUGUGCCGGAGGCUGACGGAGGUAGGNNNCUCGAGGCUGAACAUCAUCAUCGUGGCCGAGGGGGCCAUCAACAAGCAGGGCAAGGCCAUCACCUCCGACGACAUCAAAAGCCUGGUGGUGAAGCGUUUGGGAUACGACACCCGCGUCACCAUCCUGGGUCACGUCCAGCGCGGCGGGACGCCCUCCGCCUUCGACCGGAUCCUGGGCAGCCGGAUGGGUGUUGAAGCCGUCAUGGCUCUGCUGGAGGGGACCCCCGACACCCCCGCCUGCGUCGUCAGCCUCUCGGGCAACCAAGCCGUGCGCCUGCCCCUUAUGGAGUGCGUCCAGGUGACCAAAGACGUGACGACGGCGAUGAACGAGGGGCGCUUUGAAGACGCCCUGAAGCUGCGGGGCCGGAGUUUCCAAAACAACUGGAACGUGUACAAGCUGCUGGCACACAUCCGUCCCCCCUCCACCAAGGUACGGCAGCGGGGACGGGGCGACGGGGACCUCCCCGGACCCCCCCAACCCCGCCAACGUUUCCAAAACAACUGGAACGUGUACAAGCUGCUGGCACACAUCCGUCCCCCCUCCACCAAGACCGCCCUCAUCCACGGGCACCGGAUGCUGGCGGUGCACGACGGCUUCGAAGGGCUCGCCUACGGGAAGGUGGAAGAGAUCAGCUGGGAGAGGGUCGGCGGCUGGACGGGGCUGGGAGGAUCCAAACUGGGGACGAAGAGGACUUUGCCCAAGAAAUAUUUUGAGGAAAUCAGCGCCAACAUCAGCACCUUCGGCAUCCACGGGCUGAUCAUCAUCGGCGGCUUCGAGGCUUUCACGGGCAGCCUGGAGCUGAUGGAGGGGAGAGCCAAGUACGAGGAGCUCUGCAUCCCGCUCUGCAUCAUCCCCGCCACCGUCUCCAACAACGUCCCCGGCUCCGACUUCAGCAUCGGCGCCGACACCGCGCUCAACACCAUCACCACGACCUGCGACCGCAUCAAGCAGUCGGCGGCCGGGACCAAGCGCCGCGUCUUCAUCAUCGAGACCAUGGGCGGCUUCUGCGGCUACUUGGCCACCAUGGCGGGGCUGGCGGGCGGUGCCGAUGCCGCCUACAUCUACGAGGAGCACUUCAACAUCCACGACCUGCAGGUCAACGUGGAGCAUUUAACUGAGAAGAUGAAGACGACGGUGAAGAGGGGGCUGGUGCUCAGGAACGAGCGGUGCAACGAGAACUACACCACCGACUUCAUCUACAACCUCUACUCGGAAGAAGGGAAGGGCAUCUUCGACUGCCGGAAAAAUGUCCUGGGGCACAUGCAGCAGGGUGGUACCCCGACCCCCUUCGACCGGAAUUUCGGCACCAAAAUGGGUGCCAAGGCGGUGGCCUGGAUCACUGGAAAGAUCAAGGAGUGCUCCCGGCAUGGUCGGAUCUUCGCCAACACGGCCGACUCGAUUUGUCUGCUGGGCAUGCGCAAGCGCAGCCUCGUCUUCCAGCCCAUCACCGAGCUCAAGGAGCAGACGGACUUCGAGCACCGCAUCCCUAAGGAGCAGUGGUGGCUGAAGCUUCGCCCCAUCCUAAAAAUCCUGGCCAAGUACAACAUCGAGCUGGACACCUCGGAGAAAGCCCACCUGGAGCACAUCACGCGCAAGAGGAUCUCGCUCGAGUCCAACAUCUAA